CUUGUUUCGCAUUGAACGAAUCACAUCUCAGCUACAGCCGUACGUCAGACUAAACAGCCAAUCAGCAAUUCGUUGACUGUUGAAAAGACAUCGGCUUCGGCGUUGAACGAUGACCGGAAGCGAGACGAAAGGACCUGAUGGAUUAUCGUAGGACCGUUUUGGUGACUGGAGGCUCUGGAUUUAUCGGUUCCCACCUGGUUUGUCGACUGGUCAACGCGCAGCCGGAAUGGAAAAUCAUCAACUUGGAUAAUCUGGAUUAUUGCUGCAGCCCCAGAAGCCUGGAAAGCGUCCAGCACCGAGACAACUACACUUUCAUCAGGGGUGACGUCUGCAACGCCAAGUUGGUGAAGCGCAUUUUUUCCUCCAACCGCAUCAAUGUUGUGUUUCACCUGGCGGCCAAAACGCAUGUUGAGUCGUCCUUUAUGAGCCCGUCCAGUUUCCGGCAGGUCAACAUCGACGGCACCAGAGUGAUGCUGGCAGCCGCUCUCCUGGCGCCUCACCAGCCCGAGCGCUUCAUCUACGUUAGCACCGAUGAAGUGUACGGACAAGGCCUGGACCAGGAGUUUGACGAGAACAGUCCGGUGCAGCCGUCCAAUCCAUAUUCCACCACCAAAGCAGCUGCAGAGUUUCUGGUCAGAUCCUACUGGGACAAAUACAAGUUUCCAGUCAUCAUCACCAGGAGCAACAACGUCUACGGGCCCAGACAGUACACAGAGAAGGUACCAAGCUGGAACCAUACCUUGUUGAGAGUUGCCAGUUACAGCUCCCCUUCUCUCUCUCAGGUGAUUCCACGCUUCCUCACCCUCUUGGAGAUGAACAAGAAAUGUACCAUCCAGGGGACACUGCCAAAGUCCCGUCACUUCCUGUUUGUGGACGAUGCCGUCCGUGCCUUUCUGUUGCUCCUGGACAAAGGUGCUGUGGGGGAAGUGUAUAACAUUGGCUCAGUGGAUGAGAUUCCUAUUGUGCAACUGGCCCGGGACCUGGUCAAAAUGGUAACGUCAUGUUUCUAUAUUAUUUGGCUUUGGAGAGCAUGUGGUCAUGUGACACUUCUGAACAUACAUCAGGUGAAAAACGUUCCAGACAGUGAAUUAAACGACUGGCUGGAGUUUGUACCCGACAGGCCGCAGGUUGAACUCCGCUACCCGAUCAAGAGUGAGAAGCUGCAGCAGCUGGGCUGGAGAUCUGAGGUUACCUGGACUGAAGGACUCACACGCACUGUCAAAUGGUACCAGGAAAAUCCAGACUUUUGGCCGUGUCCCAUUGAUGUGGAGACAAGUGAGGACAAACUGGGAAAUGCCUCCGUCUGAACUGGAUAACUUUUUUUUACUGACAGUUUUUUUUUUAAAUGAACACCAGUGAGAUAUAUAUAUUUCAAUUUUAACUUCAUUUCGACAUUUCAACGUCUGUCAAUCCCCGUCGUAAUUCAGAUGUUCAGACGGUGAAGAUUCUUUGGUCAUAUUGAUCUGCCUUUGUGGUGCCAGGAUGCGUAGGGGAUAUUGCAGUCAUUUCCAAGUAGUAAGGCUUUGAAAGUAUUAUUAAAAGUGUUAAAAUUGAGUGAAAUGUAUUUAUAGGUUGCUCAAGUUUGUCCAAUGUGUAGGAUUUGUAUGUCAAAGAAUAUUUUGGAUUCUUGACCACGCUGGGGGUCACCACACAUGCAAGCUACACCCAUGGAAACAGACUAAUCUGGAGGGCCACCAGUAUCAUACACCAUGUCUGCAGUAUUGAAGAUGGCGGGCUUCCCUGUCCUCACCUCUGCCAAGGGAGGAAUGUUGAUCAUGGAAAAAGGGAGAGAUGAACAGAUCUUGGUGUUGAAGGAUUUGUCACUCAGGACAAUUUGCCAAAGAAAAUGGAAAACAUGACUCUGUAGAACACAAGGCAGUCAAAUAAACUAUCUGUGAAGCUGUAGAACAUGUGCCAUUGAGUUCACUCUACCUUACUGUACAUACUGUAGUGUUGCUGGAUGCUUGCUGACUUGGUCACUUGCAUGAUCCGAUGCCUCAUGAAAGCAGCCUGUCCAGAAUGAGUGUCAUGUGAGGGACGAUAACUGAAAAUCACAUCAUCAAAAUGAACUGCUUGGUGGCAGUAGUUGACUUGUAUUAUAAAAAAAACAAACAAAAAAACAAUUCCAGGGUGACGGUCAAUGUUAUUUCACCAUUUUAAAAAAGCACCAGCCCCGUUCCCACUCUUUUUCCUGGCAUGAUAAAAGUGCCAGUUUUUGUCAUCAUUCCUAGAUUCUAAAGGGGAAAACAGACAGAAGGGGGGAAAGCUGUUGUACAACAGGAUUGAUUGUUUUCUGUUCCCCCUGCAAUUGUCCGACAGACUGGUUGACAGUGUUUUUCUGGUUGAUAAAUGAAGAGUGCGAGGACUCUACAUUAUCGUCCAUAUUAGGACGUUAAAACCAUGACCUAUUGUGUGUUUGAAAAUGUCAUUGCAUCAAUUCUCUCUUUUUCUUUAAAGCAUGAAGCAAAUGUCAAUGAAAAGCAUUCAACAAACUCACAUCUGCAAUGUUUUUGUCACAAAUUAACUCAUUGAAAUGACCAAAAACCAGUUUUGCAAAUAACCUGUCAAGUAUUUCUAGUCAAGUUCAUUUUCUCAUCCUGCAAACAUUCAUUGGUACAAUGUGGACCUGCCAGUAUUUCGCGGAUGCUCAUUCACAAACCAUCACAAUGGAAAUUUGACACACCAAAGACAGACAAUGGUAUUUUCUGCAAAUCCAAACUUUUAAUUGUGGUAAAAUCAGGAUGGAUACACAGUAUUAUCAGUUUUCUUUCAUCGUGCAGUGCUUACUCUUCGUGCACAACUGCUAAACUAAUACAGAAAGCAAACACUAACUAGCAGGCUGCUGGUGCCGAGCAUCUCCACUCACUGGCUUGGACUUGAAGUCUACUAAAACAAGGUAGCGUGUCGAGCACACCGUCAAGACUAUUGUGGAUGAGCCCGAUCCUGCCGCGUGUCACGACAGAGCCUUGAAAUCUGCGGCUCACGACAACAUAGCAAUAGAACCGCGGUUAAUCCUGUUAUAAAGACAAGUAAGAUUCUCACUGGCAAGACAUUCACAUCAAAGGAGAUUUAGCCGGGAGGAAAGAAGGAAAGACUCAAAUAAAUCAAAUGAACUUGCUUGGAGAGACUCUGGACACUUGUUUUUUGUACUGCAUGUUUUUAUACUCGUUGCUUUUUUUUUUUUUUUUUU